AGUCAGUGUAAAGCGUGUCAGUCACAAAACAAUAAAAAGUGCAGAGCUGCACUUGGUAGACAAAACUCCACAGACUGUCAGUCUACAGCACAGCACCUUUCCUCUGUAAGUACAACAUAAAAUUACUGCAACUGAAUCCAGAUACUGUCAUUAAACUGACAUAUUGACAUACUCGAAUUGAAAACCCGAGGGUGGCGCUAUCAUGUAAAUAAGUUUAAUACUAGGCUACAAUCAUAAAUAGGCAAAACAUUUUUCAGAACUUUUUCUCUCUGGGGAAUAAACAGGAAUUUUGAAAAUUUUAAAUAAUCAUGUGUUUAAAAAUGUAUUCCAUCAGUUUUAGGUUUUAAGUUUUAGUGCCAUGAAAAACUGGGACUGAAUUUACAAGUCUUAAGCCCUCCUUUUAUUUUACUGUUUCCUUUCAAAUGAAACCACUGAUUAAUGCUAUGGUUGAAGAGUCAAAGAAUUAUUAAAUAAAUUUAGACACUCUAAAAAGGUCACUCAUUGUGAAGAGUCAUUAAAUGCUCAUUUGUGCAGUACUAUGAAACUGUGAAAAGUCCUGACCAUGUUUAAAUAAUUUGUUCAUAUGUGAGGCAACAGAAUCAGUGUUUAAUAUUGGAAAUGGUGUCAGGCUAAAUGCGGUGACUUAUAGAGAAAACCUUAUUAUCAAAAUUAUGAAUUAUUACUCCCAGUGCGCUUUUGCUUUUCAUAUGACUUAUUUACUGUAUGGUUUAGUGGUUUAGUCCAUCAGCUGCAGCCAUGUAAGUAUUUUUCUGAAAUAUUCCAGUAUUUGCCCUUUUAAGUUGUUUCAAGUUCCUGCUGCUUAAAACUAAUUUCCUUAUGCGGCUCUUUCAUAAUAAUAAUAACACCAAUAUCACCAUGUUUAUGGACUUUUAUUGUGAAGGUAUUACCGGAAAUCAAUUGUAGUCGUUAUAGACUUCCAAAAGUUCUUCUGGCACGAAGUCAGUGUUGUUUUUCACACAAGACCGGAGACAGUAACUAUUUUUACGAUUGUUUCUGUCGACCACAACCGAAGGCGACAAGGUCACAACCGUGGGCUGAGUUUUUUUUAUCGUCUUUGUUCAAAGAAAACUGGGUAUUCAGUCGAAAUACACCUUCAUACAGGUAUGACAGUCAACAGCCUCCUGGAGAAAUGAAUCUUUGCUGAUCUUGGCUUGAUGCAUCCUUUAACAGAAAUGAUCAUAAAUCCUCAUACAGACUCAGAAAGAAGAUAACCCAGGCGACCACGAGGACUUGGUCUGUUAUGAGGGCACACACUAAACCUGAGGGGGAGUGAACACAAGUUCAGGUGGAGUGUGUACGAGAUAGAGAGAGGUAGACCUUUGAUCACCGUGGAAAUUAGAGUUAUUACUGAGUAAGGACUAGUACUUACACUCCUGUGCAUGGUUUCACAUAAGCCCCUGGUUGAUCAUAAAUAUUCACGUGGUUUUAAUUGUCAUAAUUUGUCUGUCAUGAUUGCGAAAGGCUUCAACCCCGUCCAGUCGCCCUUCAUGUUUUUCCUGUUUGUUGCAGGUGAAAUUAACUCUUUAGGCUACAGAUCAUCGUUACAGUUAAGAACAAUACAGGCAGAGCAUAAGUAAAUACUGUGUAGCUUCAUCAGAAUAAGUUUCCAUGUUUAUUUCUAGUCCUUAUCAUGAAAGAAAAUCAGACUCUAUUCAUUUUAAUCACAAAGUUGACUUCUACUAAUUGGACUUUUAUUUGACUUGAGAACUAACGUUAUUUCAGCCCUCUUUUAUGAAGUGGAGGCAUUUCUACCUACACAGCUAAAAUCAUCAUCUCAAUCAUGCAUGAAAUCAAGCAUUAAAGUUCAAAACAGGGUUGUACUUAUUUAAUCCACGAGCUGGUUUGACCACACAAAUUACACUGAGCAACACUACUUUCACUAGGACUCCUUUCUGUCCUUUAUAACAGCAGAGGCAUGGACAUUUUUACUGCUAUGACUUUCAACUAUCAGAAUCUUUUUUAUCAUGACAAUCUGAUAGGCACAGAAAUGACACAAACAUAGUGUGAGUGCUAUAGUUCUGUUGCUAGUUUCCAGAAAAGAAUUACAGAUUCAGGUGGAGGUAAGAUUUGGACAAAUUACUUCAAAAGUUCAUUAGAAAAAAAAUAUCUCCCUGUCUUUCAGCUGUCAAUCAGAACUGUCAACUGUGAAUUUGUGACAUAGAAAAACUGAACUCCUCUUGGUCAGUGUGCUUUUAGAUUCUUCAGCAAAUUCAAACGCUGAGGUGGCAGUGGUGACUGGCAUGUAAAAAAAGUCCAUUUUCUGAUGAUCUGGUUUGUUUUUCAAGGUCACAUAGAGGCAUCAGCUUCAAGAGAAGUCUGUUUUUAAACCAGUGGAAAAAUCUCAAGGUAUGUUAAAUCUCACAUGUAAAAUCUCCCCGUUGUAUUUUGGUACUCAAGUAACCAUUAGACCUUCUCCUUGGUUACAUGUUUCCAGGUCUUAAGAUGAUAAAGUUCAGACUGAUGACUCUGGCUGCACUGCUCUUCUUUGCACAAAAUACAAACGGAGGAAAAGUCCUUGUUGUCCCUGUGGAUGGCAGCCACUGGGUCAACAUGAAGGUCCUCAUCCGAGAGCUUCAUUCAAGGGGUCACAACAUCACUGUGAUCUGGCUGCAGACCAGCAUGUUUACGGAUGAAGACUCCAACCUCUAUGAGUCAAUCAACCUGAGUGGUACCCAUGAAUUUGAUGAGAAGUACUUUACUCAUUUCAUAUCAUCAACGCUGCAGCUCCGGCGUCAGUUCCACUCUUCAAUUUCAGCAUCUUUAAAAGCUGGAGAUGAGUUACUCAAAUUGCUACAAGGAGCCCACAAAGCUGUGGUUGAUAAAACAGAAGAGAUAUUUGAGGAUGCCAAACUGAUGCAGUUUUUCCAAGAUGCCAAAUAUGAUCUUGUUCUGACAGACCCCUGCUUUGGAGGGGGGGUUCUUCUUGCUCAUCGGUUGGGUCUACCUCUGGUAUUUAAUGUCCGAUGGACAAUUUUGGAAGAAGGACACCACACAGUUGCCCCUUCACCUUUGUCAUAUGUUCCCAUACCAGGCAGUCAACUGACUGACAGGAUGGACUUUUGGCAAAGAGUAAAAAAUGUUUAUAUUGGUCUAAUGACGCUUGUUCACCAAAUCACUCUUAAACAGCACUACUAUGCUCCAUUUAUCCACAAAUACUUUGGUCCCGAUGUCCACUAUGAUGAACUGGUUCUGGCAGCAGAUAUAUGGUUGAUGAGGACCGACUUUACCUUUGAGUUCCCUCGUCCCACAAUGCCUAAUGUUGUCUAUAUGAGUGGGUUUCAGUGUAAACCCCCAAAGCCACUUCCUAAAGAUCUGGAGGACUUUGUCCAGAGCUCUGCAGAACAUGGAGUCAUUGUUAUGAGCUUGGGGACCUUGGUGGGGACACUCCCUGAUGACAUGGCUGAACACGUGGCUGCUGCUUUUGCUCAGUUACCUCAGAAGGUGGUCUGGAGGCAUACUGGGAAAAGACCAUCCACCCUGGGCAACAACACCUUGCUGCUGGACUGGCUGCCCCAAACUGACCUUUUAGGACACCCAAAGACCAGAGUGUUUGUGGCUCACGGAGGCACCAACGGACUCCAGGAGGCCAUCUACCAUGGAGUACCUAUUGUGGGUCUUCCUCUGAUGUUUGACCAGGAUGAUAACCUCUUCAGGAUGAAAGUGAGGGGUGUAGCCAAAGUUCUAGACAUCGGCACACUCGACACAGACACCUUCCUGGAUGCUCUGAAGGAAGUUCUUCAUGAGCCGUCCUAUAGGGAGAACAUGCAGGAGCUCUCCAGACUGCACAGAGACCAGCCCAUGAAACCUCUGGACCGAGCUAUGUUCUGGAUUGAGUUUGUCAUGAGACACAAGGGAGCGGCUCACUUAAAGACCCAGUCCUACAAGCUGUCCUGGAUUCAGUACCACUCUCUUGAUGUCAUUGCACUGUUGUUGUUUUUGAUCGUGGUGAUAUCUUUGAUGUGUAUUUUGACAGUAAAAUACUUUCUGUCUAAAGUACUUGGAGGGAGGAAAAGGAAAACAGACUAAUACAGAUACUGAAGUCCCUAAAUACCUCUGGUAUGACUCCAACAGUUGAGUUGAGUUAUUCCUCAUCAAAACAAGCAGAAAUGAAAGACUCAGGGAAGUAAAGAAGCCGUACAGUCUUUAUGAAUUUGGACCACAUAACAAGUCAGUUAUUCAAAGUUUGAACAAAUGAUCCUCUUGAAGUGAAAACAUCUUAUCUGACAGAGUAUCUAUAAGUUUUACACCUCCUUUUAUUUCAUCAAGAAAAACAUGUACUACCACAAAAUACCAUGUCUUAUUUUAUUAGACAUGUCAGCAUAACAGCUGCAUUGAUUUAAAUAUGGUUCAUUAAAACUGUAGCAAACACACCCUGGAACUUUUGGGGUUUAUUACAUGAACAUAUAGAACUAUUUCCACCUUUAAACAUUUUCUUCACUGCUGUGUCAUUAAAAAGCCUCAAAACUACCAUCUUUAAUUAUUAACUCAAUCUUUACUCUUAAAGUAGAAGACUCCUAAUGUGUUUAAUCUAAACUAGUCUUUCAACCCAGAGCUGUGACAGGAAACCUAUCAUAAAAAGGGACAUGCAUUUACAUCGAUCACUGCCUGCACUAAAGAUUAGAUAAACGGACUCUUGCACAUUAAGUCUGUCUGCAGGUGCCUCAUUCAGUAAAACAGCAGGUGUUUUUCAACACUGUGCCCCUUAUCUUUUUGAAUGAGCCCUGAUCUGAUCUCUGUGAACUCAAUAAUUAAUGGAUUCUAAUGUUUUUUAGAUUAAUCUGUGGCAGUUCCACCAUAUGAGAUUAUUCUUAUGCAGUUUUAGUCUUUCACAGUUUCAAGAUCCCCCUGCCACUCUUCAGGGACCAGCAGGUGUUAGUACCCACAGGUACCUGAGCAUAUGUGUUGAUUAUGCAGGCAGAUCUUGUGACAGUGUCCAGGUCCCCUUUAAACUGUCACAGAGUAAAUACACAUAGAUACGACAUGUAAAGGUUGGCAGCUUGAAGACUCCCUAAAAACCAUUCCCUUUGAUUUGACUUACAUUGGAGGAUCCUAAAUCUGAUUUCAUAGAUAUGGGUCAAAUUUGACGUUGAACAGCCCCAACGCACAAAAGUUUGUGGCACAUAUCUUAUAAUAUUGUGUGUAUUUUGCACAGCUUUGGAAAAGUCAUCAAACCCCAGAUUACAGCAGUGACAUCUUACUAGCAAAGUUCAAAACACGUCAAAUUUGAGCUGAAUAUCAUGUAAGAGUUAAAUAACUACAUCUCUGGUGAAAAUGAUCUUUUAGAUCAAAACAUUUCCAGACACCUCUCUCUACAUCUCUGUUCAGCUAACCCUCAUUAUUUCCUCUCUUCAGCAGGACUGUAAGUAACGGCAUUGUCACAGUAUGACUCAGAUUUCUGCAUUGUUAAUUUUAAGAAAUAUAAAGUCUAAAAUAAUCAUUCUUUUUAAACUUUGAUAUCUUUAUGUACAGCUUAGCAAUGUAGGUAAAAUAAGAAAUACAGACAGAUCUAUAUGAGAAAUCUUACAGUCAUAAAGAUCAUAAAUUGUUAUUUAUACAUUGCAACAUCUCCUGUGCUCUGUAUUAUCACCUAAGGCCUUGAAACAUUCAGCUCCAUGGCUUGUGACCAUGCAGUUCAGUGAUCUUGUAUCUUUGACCUUUGUGUCAAACACUGACUGACAAUAAACUGGUGCAUGCAUUUUUUUAAAACC